CUGCGCUCGUCUUGUUCCUCUUCCUCCCUCCCCACCCCCUUCACUUCCCUCCCGAAUCCAUCCACCAGAUACUCUCCAUCCAAUAAUAAAGGGUGGGAGAUUUAGGGAGAGGUGGGAAGGACAGCCGCCGACCGCGAGGUCGCUCUCCCGCGCCGCCGCCGGGAUCCCGGCCGCAUUGCGCGUCUCGUCGUCGCUGUUCUUCUAGGAGCGGGGGCGGGGCCGGCGACUUGCUGAUUCGUCGGCGGUUUCGCUUCGCCGGUUUGCUCCUCCUCUAGCGUGGGAGAGAGGUUGGCCGGAGCUCGGAGGCGGGUUCCUCGGCGUUGGGCCGGUUUUCUGCUGCCUGCUGUUGGCUCCGGAGUGGUUCAGAUCAGGGAGGGCGGGUCGUGAGGUGGUUGCACUCUCCGGGCACGGUGUACAUCGAGAACGGAUUUGGUGAAAAGGGCAUCGGAAUCCUGCGCCCAAAAAGGCGCCAAGUUCUUCCUCCUGCUGAUGUAGCAACCUUUACUCACAGUUGAUCCUUGGUAUUUUGAUACUUCAAGAUGGAACAAGUUUCACUUGGCAACAGAUACAAGGAGUGCAGGCCACGAAGAACUAGCAGCUGUCAAACAAAAAUACUUGUUGGAAAGGAUGUAUUAAAUGAACUAGAGCAAAGGCGUUCAUCACCCAGUGUGAUUGCAAAACUGAUGGGAAUUGAGGUGCUGCCACCUUCUAGUGUAGUCCAUAGUCGGCCUCAAGAAUUCAAGGAUGUGUUUGAAGUGUCAGAGGAGCCACCAGAGGCUGUCGCAAAGGAGAGGUCCCACCAUUUCCCGAAAGGCUUGCCAAGCUUGAAACAAAGAGCGUUAAGAUUAAAAAGGCUUAUGCCAUCAAAAACUGUCUAUAGAGAUGAUAAACAUGAUUGUCGUGUGGAGUGCACAGAGGGCUUGGCUUGCUUGAACUCAGUGGAAAUAAAUAACCCUUUAUUUGAGAAGUGCCCUCAUGACAUGAACUAUUCUGCAAAUUAUCAGCAUGAGAACAAUACAUCAAGUGUUUGCACGACGUACCCUGUGGGUUUAGCCAAUUCUUCACUCAGCAAUUUCAGACUUUUGUCAAGAGCAAAAAUUGAAGAUUUCAACAGCAUUGUAGUUUUGGAGCCAUGCUUGGAAAAAGGCCAUGAUCCAGAAAACGUUUUUUCCAUUCCAUACCUUUCUCCUGUUAAUAAGAACAGCAGGAGAGCCAUGAAACACAAGCAAUCUGAGUUUGCUGUGAUGGAGAAUGGAAGAGUUCGGCAACAUUUGAUAGGUACCGAAGAUAUUAAUGUGCCUAGAAUUAGGAAAGAAAGAUUCUUGACUAGUGACUCCAUUGAUCCACAGCAAAUUGAACAAGAAGCAUCAUUUCAUCAGCUUGGCAAUAUUGAUGCGAGCUGUUCUGGAUCAUCUCAGAGGUAUUCUUGUGGUAAUGAUAACUUUAGGCAAACUAACAGGUCAUCAUCAAACAGUGCAUUGUCGAAAAUACGCCGUCAUGCAGAAUCAGCUGUUGGUUCGAAAACUCUUGCAGAAAUGUUCGCUUUAUCUGAUUCUGAAAGAUUGAAGCUAAAUUCGGACUUGCAUUCUCCUAUUCAACGCAAUAAGACUAACCAUGGUGAUGGUCAUAGCAAGGAUGGAUGCUUUAUAGUUCUACCAAAGCAUGCACCUCUGCUGUCUAUUCGACACUCAAUGGACAGGAAUUCUUGCUUGGAAGGUUCCUCUCAGGGUAAAAAUAAUCCAAUUGCAUCAAAUAGUCAUAACAAUGGUAAGUGUCAGUUUGAUUCUUUCGGGGAUAAAGCAAGACUGCUGAAGCAAAUUGGCAAUGGCAGUGAAGCUAACUUGAGGAAUUCUUCCUGUUCCCAAAAUCUUACGGCAGACAACUUUUCAACUCCUGAUUGCUCAAAUGAAAAAGUAUUGUUCACAACAGAUGAAGAUUUAGUGCAACAACCUGCUGAAUCUGAAGCUUCAGGGUUGAACUUGCAGUUUUCUAGGAAAAAACGGGUGAAAAGAUUGCCUUUCCAUUGUCACGAGUAUGAAUCAAUAUCUGUUUCGGAUGAUACUGAUGGUACAAAGUCUUGUAAAGGCUUAAAAGAGGUUGAACAGCCAAGCCCAGUGUCCAUCCUUGAGCCUCCAACUGAUGAAGAUAGUUGUUUUUCAGGAUGUUUCAAGUAUGACUUGCAAGAGAUGACUAAGAAACAAAGUGAUGGUCACCAAAAUCAUUAUGAACCUGAAGUUUCCAUGUGUAGUGAUGAUGAAGACCAUUCUUCUUACCAAUCUUUGGAAGCAUUUCAGGUCGAGGAAGACAGGGACUUCUCAUAUCUCCUUGACAUACUUAUAUGCUCUGGUAUCAUAGUUGCUGACUGGCAGCUCAUUUGCAAAUCAUGGUACUUGCCUGGUUACCCUGUUGGCCCUCAUGUCUUUGAUAGGCUUGAAAGGAAUUACAACAAAAUCGUCACAUGGGCAAAGCCUGAGAGGAGGCUUCUGUUUGACCUCGUGAAUUCGAUCCUUUCCAAGGUACUCGCACCAUGUAUUGAUGUGCACCCAUGGGUGCAGUCUAGCAGACACUGUGUGCCUCUUUGGGGCCCUGAAGGGCCUGUUGAGAAGGUCUGGCAGACGGUUGUUAGGCAGCGGGAAGAUUGUGUUACAGGGCAUCCUGAUGAGAUGGUUCUUGAUACAAACUGGCUUGAAUUAGGCAACGACAUCAAUAUGCUGGGGAAGCAGAUAGCCAGGAUGUUACUCGCCGACCUCUUGGAAGAAGACAUAGUGGACUUCCUAGGAGAGUUGGUAGUUUCAUGAGGACCCAACUAAGAGCUUCACCAAUGGUAGCAGAGUGCUGUGGCAACAUGGGGUUUGCCCGAACUUCAAGCAGAUAUGCUGAAGUCUGUAACGGCUUUUCAAGUGCACAGAUGCUGC